CAUAAAUGUGAAGUGGUUGAGCAGAAAGUGGAAGUGGACGUGGAGGCUGGGGGAUCACCCAUCCAGGACCAAGAAUAGAAUAGGAUGGCCACCCCACCCCACCCCAGGAAGAGAGUUUGAGAAAGAGGAAUUGGAAUUGGAUUCAAGCAAAGACUUGACUGCACUGCAGGAUCUGAAGUCUGAACCCCCACCCCACACACACCCCAGACACAAACUAAGUUGAGAAAAAGGGAAUUGGAGUUGAGAGACUGCAUAGUAGCAGCAGUAGAUGAUAUGAGAAGCGACGAGGCCAAAAUCUUGCUGGGUUUCCCCCCUAAUUCUAUUCCCUCCCCAACUCAGAUUAAAGCUGCAUACAGAAGGAAAGCUUGGCAAACUCAUCCUGAUCGAUUUCCCCCUCAUCUCAAACCUGAGGCUGAGUCCAAAUUCAAAUUGAUCUCAGAAGCCUAUUCUUUCUUCACCAACACUGGAGGAAAUGGAAGAAUUCAGCCAACAGGUAUUUCCUUCUGGUUUAGUAAUGGCAAUCAUCAAACAAGAAUUACUAUAAUGUUGAUUGAUCCUUCACCAAUCACCAGCAUCAUAUUCUCGGGUUGUGAAAACUGGAGUUCCAAGAGCACACCGUGGACAAAGAAACAUGAGACUUGCUUCUGUUCCUUUCCUUGUCAUAAUUUUGGGAGCACUUACGCUUGGUGGAUCAACUGCUUCCAGGGCUUAUCGAAGACAAAAGGAGGCUCAACCUUCUUACAAUCCUUUUCUCCCGUGAGCUCACACACCAUGCAGUUUAACUCUGUACAAAUAUAUAAAUACAAUGUAAUACAAUUGUAUGCUACAUGAAUUGAAUUGAGGGAAUAGAUUCCUGUUUCAAUGGGCA